GAGGUGAUGAUGAAGGCCUUGCCCCCUCCGAAACAGAGCAUAUAAGAAGGACAGGUAAAGUAUUCUUGAGAGCAUACACAGGUGACUUCAAGAUGAGGUGGUUGGUCGUUGUCGUGGCUGUCGGCAUCCUUGUGGCGGAUGUUUAUUGUGCUGAUGACACAAUUCCCUGGUGUUAUCACAACGAAACUUGCAGUAAGCAAUCGUCAUUAUCUCCAUUUAUCUUCCUCAUUGCAGUUUAUCAAUAACCAUCAACCUCUCAUUUCAGAUGAUCUCACAUGGCCGGUCAUCGCUACGGAGUUUUGCAACGGGACCCGCCAGUCGCCAAUUAACAUUGUGACCUCGGAUGUCGCAAUGAACGACAGCCUGACAGAUUUCGUCUUCACAAACUUCGACAAUCCUAACGUUCUGACCGAGGUGACCAACACUGGCAAAACCGUCAAAGUGAACUUCGCAUCAGGAGUGCAGAUUGCAGGGGGAGGUCUUCCCGAAGUCUACGACAGCCUGCAGUUCCACUUGCACUGGGGCAACGGCAGCACCGUACCUGGAUCCGAGCACACCGUUAACGGAGUGCAGUUCCCCAUGGAGUUCCACAUUGUUAGUAUCAAGUCCAGCUUCAACGGGAACACAACUCUGGCCGUCAACGACUCCAUCGGAGCUGCUGCGCUUGGCUUCCUCAUUGAGGUUUUGCCGGACACUACUGAUGAACCUGCCAGUUGGAAAACUCUCACCGACUACCUAGAGAACAUCACGUUGGCAGGCCAGACCGUCAACUUGACUGCAGGACUCACACUGGACGAUUUGCUACCUGGAGUGGAUCGCACUCAAUAUUAUCGCUAUCUCGGCUCGCUCACCACACCAAGCUGUUUUGAAGCCGUGGUAUGGACUGUGUUUAAGGACACCGUUAAAAUCAGCUCAAACCUGAUUGACAAAUUCAGCACAAUGCUGCAUAUCACCAAUGAAACCACCUCAGAAAUCAUGGUGAACGUGUUCAGGAGGGUUCAACCGGCACAGCCCGUCACGACUCGUUCUUCGGGUUCAGACGACGACGACUCGGAUGAUUCCAACGACGCUACCAGAACAUGUCUCUCCCUGGGACUGCUGGCUCUCAGCUUGGUACUUGGGUGGAGUUACUAAUUCAUUUACGAUCCGAGAAACCAGUUUGUGAACUUGCCCUCUCCGACAUGUACUUUUCCACUCGUGUCUGCGUGUAAGCUAAUCGAUAAUAGGAAUGACACUAAACUGAAUGUCCAAUUACUUCUAUAUGUUUUGAUGAAGGAAGUUCAUAUAAGGUCAAAUGUAAUUCCGGGAUAUAAUUUACUACCGUUUUACUGGUAGCUAGCACUGUUACGUUGAUUGGGAUCAAGUUUCCCACGCACUGCACGACUUGCACAUGUAGCCGAACUUUUUACUCAAUGUGAAUCUGUGCACCGAUACAGAAAUUUAUGAAGGUUAUAAAAAAA